GGUUGGUCGAAUGGUCCUAUUUCAACGUAUUAAAUCAAAAUUGUGUCCAUGGGUAAUACGGGUUCUAAAGAAAAUGUUAUUUCGGAAGAAGCCCUCAACGAAUACGUCGAGCUGACGUAUUUAAACAAAAGUGAAAUUUGUCAGAUUUAUAAACGUCUCGAUAAUUUGGAACCAGGCAUCCUCAAACAAAAUCUUCAUUAUCGAUUUUCUGUGGAGCAAAUCAACAAAAUUCUUCCACAGAUUCACUGCAAUCCUUUCUGUGACGUGAUAUACCGCGUGUUCUCGUCGAAGCAGGAUGGACAUUUAAGCUUCGAAGAUACUCUCGACCUCUGCUGGGCAUUCUCCAUGAAUUGUCCUAGGAGUGUUCGGGCUGCAUGGGCUUUUGAAAUUUUCGAUUUCGACGGCGACAAUCAAGUCUCUCUCGACGAUCUGAUCGAAACGAUGCGGAGAUUGGCGGGCACGGAUGAGCGCGGGCAGAACCGAAUCGAUCGACAACAAGCGGAGGACGUAGCGCGGAUGAUGUUACAAGAAAUGGACUUCUCUGGCGCAGGCAACAUUGCGUCACAAGAAUUUAUACAGCUACUCUCUAAAAUGCCAGACUUCGCACAUACGUUCCAAUUUAAAAUUGAUUAA